AUGGCGAGUCCAAGAUGGCACGGAGGUCCCUCCUUUCAUCCUCCGAAAACAGCCUUCAGAAUAGCAAAGAAACACACCCCUUCCACGCAGAAGGAUUUUACACAAGACCUAAGUCUUUUGGCCGGAUAUGACCUCUCGGGUUGCACCAUGCAGAAUCCAGUGAGCGGUAGUACGGAAUGCACCGAUUAUACCACCGCCAUCAGCAGCAAUAUAUUCCCAGGGUGGAGGACCGCAGGUACAAGACACAAUGACCCCAUGAUCUCAAAUGCAUACGACUGCGACAUCACUCACUACGAUUCUGAAAUGUCCGCUUUCGUCGGUGGUGUUUCACGCAACUGGUCUAUGCCGAUAGUCGAAGAGGAAGAAGGCCGCUUUCCCAAACGAGCCCGCACCGAGGACUUGAACCUUGACUACCUGCUACCUUACCACGAUCUCGAAAUCGCGUCACAGUUUGGUUCUUACGGUUCUUACGUUUCGGUAGAAGCAUUUUCGGUUUGUUCGUCCCUCGACAGCAACUAUUCUGUGGCUUCGGCUUCGUCGUGCCGGACGUUGUCGCCGGUGGCCGUCGACGUUUCGCUCUCUCCCGAAGGCCUCAGAGCUACCGGGGUAACUCGCCUAUCGAGAGGGCCUAGCCCCCUUCAAAAUUUCGAAAGAUACACACUCCCCGUUUGCUCAGAUUCAAAUGUGUCGGAUCAACCUCAAUCGACAGUUGAUAUUCCACGUGAAGGCGCGAACGAGCCGGACAUCUGCGAGGAGGAGCCGCGUUGCGACAAGGAACCGGACACCAGAGAUGAAAAUUCGAAGAGUUUUGACGUCGUACAAGCCGAGCCUGUGCACACCUGCAAUUGGUCCGGGUGUGGUGCCAGCGCUUUCACAUCUAGGGAUGGUCUCAAUUGGCAUGUCAAAGCAGAGCACCUUCUCAUCUGUCCUGUUCUGGGUUGCUGCGAGAGCAACUUCACGAACAAGGAUGUGGUUAAAACCCAUCUGCGUGUCGUCCACAAGGGAAAAAGCGCCGAGUCGCAAACCCUCAAAAUGGAACAUGACGAGAAGCAUCAAAACCCCCGCCAGGGUCAACAAGGACACAUCAAAAUCGCCAACAAUGAAGCCGCAGGUGUCAAUGAAAAGGCCAAAAGCCCUGCCGAGACUAAGCAUACUGGUGACACUCCGGAGGAUGUAGAAGCUUCCAAGGUGCGAUGCAGAGACCAGCUGGAACGAAUCAUGCAAAAGCGCUCUGCUCGAAAGCAGCGAAUGUCAAAUACUGUCGAUGCCAAUUCAGGUAACCCUGGCUCGGCCGCGCCAGAAAGAGCACACAUCCAACCCGAGGUGCCGAGCUUUCCAUUGUUGUGGGAACACUGCAUUUUGCCAUUCUUGGUUGAGUUUCUCCAGACACGGUGCGGGCCUGGCUAUGUCAUCAGUGUGUGCAAAGGCAAUAAGGGGCAGGAUGCCAAUUCCCGCCGCAUAUGUCUAAUGACCAAGGAUGAAUUAUCGCCGGCCACAAAGGAUGCAAUCAAGGAGCAUGUGAAAGAUUUGCUCCCGCCCUUGUACAAACCGCACGCCAUGUUCGAUUUCUCCAGGGGACAAGUCGAGCGGCUUAUGGCAUUGGCUAGAGGCCUGAACCAGGAGAACCCAGACGACGUUUGCUGGCCCAGAAACCCGUUUUGCUACAUGGAGCCGUGCAUGGGCGACAGCAUAGGUGCUGCUAAUGGCGAGUUCAUAGCCACCUUGGGUCCUAGUCUGGUCGUGGAUGGGGCCAACUUCUGGCUUGCAAACUUUCACCCGUUUGUGGAAGAUAUUAGCAAGCAAGAAAACGUGCCGAUAGAACACCCUUCAUUUGCAGACAGAGAGCUGUGCAGGAACAAGAACCACGAUGCCAUGGUGAUACCCCCAGGAGGCUCCUCAUUCGAGCUGGGAACUGUGAGCGCAACAUCGGGCUUUGAUUUGAAGACAGUUCGCGUGUCGCAUGACCCUUACUGGGAGGAAAUGGACGCCGAGCCGCCUCUUGUGGUGACCGACUGGUCUCUUAUCUCAUCGAAUCGACCGCGACAGGCAAACAUGCUACGCAGGCUCCCGGCUGCCGCGUCAGUGCCUGUCCAGCGUGGCUCAAUUACAGUGACAGAGACUGUCAGAAACGUCCCUGUAGUUAGUACAGGAUCAAUCAUUCCAGGAAGUGCCGUAAUCACCACGGGCCGGACCUCAGGUUAUCAGCAAGGCGAGGUCUGUGAGAUCCCGGCAUAUCUUUCUUCGAGUGACCUAGCCAACGGCACAGGGUAUGCAACGCGAGAGUGGUUCAUUCAAGAACCUACUUCCCUUGAUGAUGAAGAUGCCUGGAUUCGAGGAGGCGCGGGCGUCAAGGGCGACAGCGGAGCUGCUGUUGUGGACGCCGACAGCAACGAACUUAUUGGACAGCUCUGGGGUCGCAACCAGUACUGGGGCAGCGGGCCCCGACACACCUUUUUCACUCCAAUCUCCGACGUAUUUGACGACAUUCACGAGAAGUGUAGACAGCAGUCACGGCCAAAACUUCCUCAAUUCCAAGGUGAUUGGGACCAGGAAUAUGUCCCCUUCGCCGUCUACCCGACCUGCAUGCGCUGCUUUGAGCGUGUGGCUUACUUGGGCACCGGCAGCAGGCGACCGUCCCAGGUAUCCCUGUGUAUGAAUGUGGAUGGCGGCUCGUCCUCGUCGCUGCCGGCUUUGGAGGGGGGUUCCAACGAUACGACGCAUGGUCAUGCGAGUUAUGAUGUCAAGUCGGCGUUGAGCAUCUCGGAGGCGAUAACACCCACUUCCACCCCUGUGACCUUAGCAAGUCCUAGGGACACCUGUCUGCAAGGACUGCAAAAAAUGACAGGAUCACCAACUGCGUCUAGAGGCCGAAGCAAAUAUCCGCCUAUCAUUGAAGACGACGACCUCAAUACCGUAAUGUAACCGUGACCGGUGUGACUCGGGGCGAGAUACGAGUUUCAGACAGUCUACAGUACAUAUCGAUGUAGGAGCGUCUCGAAGUUGACACCAACAGUUGUUCGUUUUUUCAGCACGAAGUGGAGAAAUUUUGUGUUGGCAACCAACAAAUAGUGGCGUUUCGAUGGCCCUUUGUGUUGGAAGAGAUGUUGGUGGGACAUAAUACUGCCAAGGCGGUUAGUUCCCUUGGACCGGUCUAGAAUAAGUUAUAGACGGAUUCCUGUUUGAUUCGAGAUGGUGGAUUGGCUAGCGGAUUUGUUAGUUGACUUGUGUGUUUAGGCAAGAGGCGACUUGAAAUCUGUGGCUUUGGACAAUCCCAUACCAAAUAAAUUCACGUAUCAAUUACAAUCUUUUCCCUUUCCCCUAUAUCUAAAUACAUAUACAAAACUUGCGACGAUGAACUGCCCG